UCCCUCGUGCUGCUCAUCUUCAACAAGCUGGCCGACGCGCGGUCGCUGGGGCGCUGCUCCGCGGUGUCGCGCCGCUUCAGCGCGCUGGUCCCGCUCGUGGACGACGCCUGCCUGCGCAUCGACCGCGUCAUCCCCGCCGACGCCGCCGACGCGGGGGCGCCGCGCCCGCGCGCCGCGCUCUCGCACCUCCUCAAGUCCGUGCUGCUCGCCGUGCUCAAGCCCUUCGCGCACUGCGACGCCAAGUCCGCGUCGCCGCAAAAGCACGCGCAGCAGCAGCACCACUCGCCCGCCCAGGUGCUGAGGAACUUCAGCAGCAUCCGCAGCCUCCGGAUGGAGCUCCCGGUCUCCGACGUGGGCACCGACGACGGCGUCGUGCUCAGGUGGAAGGCCGUGUUCGGCAGCACGCUGCAGAGCUGCGUCAUCCUCGGCGGCACCAGGGUGGACCGCGCCGCGGCCGCGGGACCGCCGCACGCCCCCUCCUCCGCUCCCCCCGCGGGCGACGACGACGGCGGCAGCAUCCCGGAGUCCCUGUACACCAACGGCGGCCUCAAGCUGCGCGUCGUCUGGACCAUCAGCUCCCUCAUCGCCGCGGCCACCAGGCACUACCUCCUCCGCGAGAUCGUCAAGGAGCACCCCACCCUGGAGCGGGUGGCGCUGACGGACGCCGGCGGGCAGGGCACGCUCAGCAUGACGGACGCCGUAGGAGAGGAUGGCGUCGACGAGGAGGACGGGGGCUCAUCGGGGAUAACGCAGUCGACGCGGACGAGGACGGAGUCGACAAGGGGCACGAGCUCGUGGAAGCGGCGGGAGAUGAGGGAGCAGCAGCCGAGCGCCUUGACGUUGCCGAUGCGAUUGAAGAUGACGAGGAGGAGCGCGUCCGGGAGGCGGUCGAAUUGGUCAUCACCAGCGGCCCCCGAGAGCCAGCGCUCGUCGCCGCCGAGGUCGCACCGCCAGCGGCGGGAUCCCGCGGGAUCUUCGGACAUCGGUGGCGGCAGGGCAGACUGGAUCUGA